AUGGUAUCGUGUUGCUUUUCUCUAAGAAGAAAUCCAGCCUUGGAAGGAUCCUUUGAGACCUCACAACAGUCCAACUUUGAAUUAACCACCAAACCUAGAUCUGAUUUAUCCUACCAGCUCAUCCUUUCGCCAAGCUUCAUUUACGCUUUAUCUGUUUUUCUCUUAGCUCCAGAAUCUCUGACCAUGUUUUGUCGCAGCAUCUUGGACGCAGGCCGAUCCCGAUUUCUAUGUCCUCAUAUCAGCCAGGACCAACCACCAGUUUAUUGCGGCAAAGAAUGGGACUACAUAGAUGUGAGACGCUUGGCUGUUUUGACAGAUGAAGAAAUAGAGGAGUUUGAGAAGAAAAUCUCCAGGAACUACUUGAUCAAGGCUAUGGGUGUUCAACAAUGUCCCAAGUGCAACUCGAUGGUAGAACGAGGUGACAAAAAGCACAUACGAGUAAUUUGUCCGUUGUGCAGUAAGAACAAAAAGAAAGCUUAUGAAUUCUGUUGGCAUUGUCUACACGAGUGGAAAAGUGGUCCGAGCACGACCAAGUGUGGGAACCUUGACUGUUCCGGUGAGGACAGACGUCUGAGGAUCCUUCGUAAAUGCCCCAGGAAGAAAAUUGUUGGAGUGGUGGGUUGCCCCUCCCUUCGCGCAUGCGUAUCUUGCGGCAUGCUAAUUGAGCAUGUGCGGGCCUGUAAGCACAUGAAAUGCCGAUGCGGCAAGGAAUUCUGUUUCAUAUGCUUGAAGCCUAAAGAAGCCAGUGGCUGGCAGUGUGGAAGGUACAAUGCACCAUGCACUAUAGCACCCGUGCAAACCAAGAUCCCUGGAGAGAAUUAGGACCGUGAAAUUAUCGUUCCAUGACCUUGACUGAUUUCUACAGCUUAGAGUAGACGGAGUCAAAUUGGAAACGAGAUUGCAGCUAGUUCCACCACAGCUUGUUACAGCUUUACAUGUGUCAAUGAUAGGUUUAGAAAUCUUGAAACUUGCAGCAACUCUCGACAAGCGGCGUUGUAUUGUAGCAGUAGUCUUCUCCGAUGUUGUAACUCUUUCGUUGUAGCAGAAUUUGGUAAUGUCUGUAUAUGUAAUGGUAGCGACUUCGGCCUGCCUGGUAGCGAACAUGUAGCGAGUCUGAACUUAGUGAACUCGACAAGUAGCAGAACCAAUUUAUUCAUGCACCAUAGAGUUGGAUUUUUGUUUUUUCAUCUUGAAAAUCAAGUAGUACUA